UCGGCAGUGAGGAAGAGGAAGGCGGUAGCUCACCCCCUUGUCUCCACCCUGAGUGAAAGGCGGCAAGCGCCUUCAAGGAUCAGCAGCAUGAGUCUCGCCUGCGGGCACGCCUUCGUCGUGAUCGCCUGAAGGCGAACCGCCAGUGCCGGCAGGUCGUCUCGUUUGACGUUCGCGCACCGACGCAGCAAGUACCUGGCCUGCUAAAGGACUGCCGAGAGCCUCUGUCGGCGACCACGCCACGCCGUAGCUAGGUAAACACCUAGCCUCCCGACGAGCUACAGCCAGCGCGCCGAGCAAGCCUCCGGUGGGAACAGCCAUGGCGUACUACACGAGCUACAUCCGGACGCCCUCGGGUGUGCUCAAGAUGUUCCAGAUCCUGGUAGGCCUUGUGAUCGUCAUCAGCCUGAUGAAGUACAACUACGAUAAGCAGGAGAUGGCCUACACUUUCCGCCUGGACACGGUGCUCAUGGCGAUGACCGCCUUCACUUUCCUCCUCGUCUCGGCGGUGCUCCUCCUGUGCGCACUGCUGGACGGCCCCAUGCACGGCUUCAGCGUCACCUACCGACUGCUGAACGUGUUCGCAGUGUUCUGCUACCUCCUCUCCACCACGGGCUACCUGGCAUCCGAGUUCCGCUACGGUGUCGACUGGCACUUCGGCCUCUCCACGGGACUGCUCUGCAUUGGCAACACGGUCGCGUACGGAGGCAACACCUUCCUCGCCUACAAGACGCUGCUCGAGUGAGCCCUGUCCAGCUACCGGUGGCGAAGACCAACGUGUAAGCCCGGUUCAUCCGAUCGGCUACACCUACCGCUACACCCUACAUCAACACCUCAUCGUGGAAGGCGACUAGUGCUGCAACGUGUUCACACAUCUGCAUCCCUUCUUUUUUUGCCCC